AUAAACCCUCCACUAUUUUAAAAUCACUGUUUAAAUCAUUCUGGCAAUACCACGCCACAAAGAAUAAGAACAAAGUAAAAUGUCAAAAAGUUCUAGAAUUUUUCCGCCGGGUUAACCUAACCUACAAAAAUGCAAUUGUAAUUUGAUAAAAAAGUCUUUGAGAUUGGCCGCAGAAAAGAUUUAACAAAAGGCUAAAGUUUUCUUACCUUUAAAAUAAAAUCAUCUAAAUAAUUUGGAUUUUGUUUUGGAAAGAAUUUGUUUUAAUCUUGAAAGUCUGCGCGCCGACAUAAUUUUAUUUUAAAGUUGGUGUUAACUGGAAUUGCACCACGAAGACUUCAAUUAUGUCAACCGACAUGGUACACAGUUGUGCUUCAACGGAGUGUGAUUUGCCCGAUGAUGAUGAGAUGGUUUCGUGUGAAACAUGCCGAAGGUGGUGGCAUUACAAGUGUGCUGAUUUUAACCCCACUUUAUUUGACACUGCUACUCCUUGGUUUUGUCGUAGAGAUGAUUGCGAUGAAAUUGGAAGUCAAAUUAAGGAACAGGUUACACACACUGCAGGUGCCACGGCAAGUAGCACUCAAAAUGAUGUUUUAGCUGCUGUGGAUGGAUUGAUUGAGGCGGCUAGAGUGGCACAAACGAUCGUUGACACGAGAGACAAGGAAAUCGCGUCUCUGAAAGCAGAAAUGGACACGCUGAAAGCGCAGUUGGUUGCAACAUCGUCAGUUACAAGGCAAGAAGCGAGUUCUGUUCAUUCAGCAGAUUUAAAAAAGAUUGCUAGUGAGAGGCUGGAAGCGAUUCGACAAAUUGAUUGCAGACACAAGCAAAUGGUUGGUCCUGCUGCUGCUCACUCAACACCUCUGUCGGGGCAAAAAGACUGCAAUGUUAAAUUGCAAGAUGCGUCACAAGACAGUUCGUGCCAUCAGUCAGAUAUGGCAAAUUUAUUGACGAUCUUGAAUCGCAGUCAGGUCCAGGAGUUGCCCACUUUUUCGGGGCAUGAUAAUAAAGAAUGGCCGUAUUUUGAAUCGGUGUUCAUGUCAACAACGGUUGAAGGCAGAUACAGUUCCAAAGAAAAUGUUUCUCGUCUAAGAAAGGCACUAAAAGGCGAAGCUUAUAAUCUGGUGAGCGAUCGUCUGAGGUAUUCGACUGAUGCAAACGCUGUGAUGGACUCAUUACGUGCGAUUUAUGGUAGGGCAGAUGUUUUAGUGCACAGUCUCACUACGAAUCUUCUUAAGUUGCCGUCGUUGAGCUCACCGAGUGAUACAAAACUGCGUCAGUGGGCUGUGGUGCUGAAUGGGUUUGUUGCGGACAUCAAGUCAAUGAAUUUAAGUAAGGAACUAGACAACAACUAUAUCCUGACAGAUCUAGCAAGUAGGUUGUCUCCCGGCCAAUACCACGACUGGCAAAAACGAAAAUCAAAGAAGACGCACCCGAAUUUAGAAGAUUUUGCUGUUUUUCUUACUGAGAAACUAUACGACCUGCCACCAGAUUUAUCUAAAGCAACAAAGCAGUUUUCGUCAGACAAAGCAAGCGGCUCCAGUUCAUCACGAAAGGUUUUGACUCACCAACCAGUUAUACAGAGUGAAGAGAAAUGUGUCAAAUGUGAAAGAGCCAAACACACCUUAAGUGAAUGUGAAGAAUUUAAAGCUUUGUCUUUGGACGAAAGGUUCACAUUUGCUAAGAGCAAAGCUAUUUGCUUUAGGUGCUUAAAGUCAUCACCGCAUAGAUGGAAAGACUGUUCACAAAAGAAAUUGUGUGGUGUCGAAGGCUGCUCGAAAAAUCAUCAUCCGUUACUUCAUCCGUCAACAACGAAGUCAACUUUGAAUUCAUCGGCUCAUCCUUUCGUUCCACCGUCGCAAAUUCAUUCGUCGCAUCUUGAACCUAAAGCACCAGUUAUGUUCAAAGUUGUUCCCGUUCGUUUAUUUGGGAACAAUAACAAGUCUUUAGACACAUUUGCAUUUUUGGACGAUGGCUCAUCCAUUACGAUGGUGGAAAAAGAUGUUUUCGAUUUUCUGGACUUGAGAGGUGAACCAGAGCAGCUUACACUCCAGUGGACAAAAGGCGUUUCCAGAACUGAGGACUCUUUGCGUACAAAUUUACAUGUUUCUGGCAUAAAUAAACGUAAACGACAUAUGCUAAGGGACAUUUAUACAGUGAAGAAUCUGGAACUGCCACACCAGAGUGUUAACGUCACCACUUUAAAGCAAAAGUUCUUGCAUCUAAGAGACUUGCCGUUGCCGGAUUUAAAUGAUGCAAGGCCGAAAAUAUUACUGGGGUUAGAUCAAGCCAAGCUUCUUGUGGGUAGCCGUCAGCGAUCUGGUAAAGAUGAUGAACCACAUGCGAUGAAGACACUCCUAGGUUGGACCGUCUUUGGUACAACAAAGAUGGAAACCAGCGUAUCCUGUGUUAGUUCUCCAAGAAUAGCUUCGAUUUCCUACUUUCAUGGGAUCAGCAAGGAAGAUGAAGAACUUCAUGAUCUAGUGAAACGUCAUUUCUCAACCGAGGAAUUUGGGGUUCGGCCUCCUAGCGGAAAAUUUGUUAGCCAACUUGAUGCUCGGGCUCUAGAAGUGAUGAAGCGCACCUUGCGCUAUGUUGACGACCACUACGAGAUUGGUUUACUUUGGGCUUCCGAUGACGUCGAGCUUCCUGAUAGCUACCCCAUGGCUGAGAAAAGACUUAUUAAUUUUGAGAAGUCUUUGUUGAAAAAACCUGAGCUGUUGACGUGGAUGAAUCAAUACAUGCGAGAAUUAAUAUCCAAAGGUUACGCUAGGAUUGCAACAGAGGAAGAACUGUGUCAAGAACAUCCGAGAGUUUGGUAUACACCUACAUUUAUGGUUGUGAACCAGAAUAAACAUCCACCGAAGCCAAGAGUUGUGGCUGAUGUUGCUGCCAAGGUGAAUGGAGUUUCAUUGAACUCGCAUUUAUUGAAGGGUCCAGACAACUUGGUACCUCUUCAUGCUGGGCUGUUCAAAUUUCGUGAAAGAAAAGUUGCUGUAAAUGCAGACGUUCGAGAAAUGUUCCAUCGCAUUAAAAUUUGUGAAGCGGACCAGCAUUGCCAGAGGUUUCUUUGGAGAGAUGGCGAUGUUUCUAGAAGGCCAGCUGUCUACAUUAUGCAGGUCAUGAUGUUUGGACCUUCCUGCUCUCCCACAUCUGCACAAUUUGUGAAAAAUCAUCAUGCGAACCUCUAUAAGCAGCAGUGUCCGGAAGCAGUAGAUGGGCUAGUCAACCGAACGUAUGUUGACGACUACUUUAAUAGUCACGACACGGUUGAGGAAGCUGUUGCUGUUAGCAAGGAUGCCAUUGAAAUCUGUAAGGCAAUGAAUUUCGAGCUGGUGGGAUUUCAAUCGAACAGUCGUGCAUUUUUGGACCAGAUUCCUGAAUCGAAUAUCAAAGCAAGCCUGGUCAGCAUCGAUCCCAAUGAGUCCGAGAGUUAUGUCACAAAGAUUUUGGGUAUGUUAUGGCAACCUUCAUCUGAUCAUCUGAUUUAUAAGCUCUACGAUGAAGAAUUUUUAAAGAAGAUGUCGGAAUCAAAAGCUGAUAUAACCAAACGAGAAAUAUUAAGAACGAUUAUGAGAGUUUUUGACCCCCUUGGUCUUAUUUCUUGUUUCAUCAUCAGAGGGCGAUUUAUUUUGCAAGAGAUCUGGCGCGAAGGCUUCAAUUGGGAUGAGGAGAUAUCCUGUGUUUUGAGAGAGCAGUGGCUGAAUUUCAUGAGAAUCUUGAGGCAAAUAGAGGAAAUCAAAAUUCCUCGUUCGUAUACGACAUUUACCCCGGAUCACUCAAGAAUCAGUUUGGUCGUUUUUGUGGAUGCUUCGGAGAAGGCAUUUGCUGCUGUUUCCUAUUGGCGCUUCGAGCAGAGUGGAGCAGUCGAAGUGGCAAUCGCCAUGGCUAAGGCGAAGGUUGCUCCUGUUAAGAGACUGUCAGUGCCUCGUUUAGAGUUGCAGGCAGCUGUGCUAGGCGUGCGGGUUGCGGAAACCGUGAGAAAUUCUCACUCAAUUCGAGCUGAUGACAUAAUGUUUAUGUCCGAUUCUAAGACGGUGCUUUCAUGGAUUAGUUCUUCCACCUUUAAAUUCCCAAGUUUCGUUGCUGUUCGUGUUGGGGAGAUUUUGGAAACUACUAAUCCGCAUCAGUGGUGGUUCGUGAGAUCUGCAGAUAAUGUUGCGGAUGAUGGAACCAGAUGGUGUGAGAAUGCAGAAAGCUCUAAUAACUCGAGAUGGUUUGCAGGACCUGAAUUUUUGAAGCUUCCCCAAGUUGAUUGGCCAGUUACGCCAGGGAAAGUUAUUGCUGAGGCGAAUAAGGUCAGCGCAAUUGAUUUAUCUAAAUUCCCAGUAAAUUUGCAUAAACAUCCACCAAUAUCAUUCAAAAUAUAUGAUGAGUUGAAACCAAGGUUUCGAGCAAGAUGGUUUUCGGCAGUCAGAGUAGUGGCACUAUUACUUCGUUUUAAAGACUUGUUGAGUAAGAAGGGCAUUGAAACAGAGCCUUUCGCAACACCGUCAGAAAUUUUAAGAGCUCAGGACUGGGUGUUUCGAAAAAUCCAACAAGAGGUCUUCUCGGAUGAAAUUUCUUGCUUGCAAUCUAAUCGAGGUUUAGGACCCACAAGUUCUUUAUUGAAUCUGUCUCCGUUUAUUGAUGAAGAGGGUACUAUGCGACUAGGCUCAAGAAUACAGAAAGCAAAUAUUUCAUACGCAUCACGGAAUCCUGCCAUACUGCCAAAAUACCAUCCGCUAGUUGAGUUAUUAGUUCAACACCACCAUGAAGCUAACAAUCACGUUGCAACGGCAACAACGAUCUCAGACAUCAGGGAAAGAGCUUGGAUUAUAAGCAUUCGUUCGACCGUGGCACGAGUCCAAUCAAAGUGUUUUAUGUGCAAAAGACUCAAGGCAAAGGCAGUAACACCAUUUAUGGGUCAGUUGCCUGAAGGUCGGUUAGCCUUUCAGUUGAGACCUUUUACCCAUGUGGGGGUAGACUGUUUCGGUCCCAUGCAUGUCAAAUAUGGACGAGGCACAGUAAAACGAUAUGGGAUGAUUUUUACCUGUUUGAGUUUCCGUGCCGUUCACAUUGAGGUGCUCAAUGAUCUCACCAUGGACCAGUGUUAUAUGGCUGUUCGUCGAUUUCUCAUCAUUCGUGUGGUCACCAAAUUCAUCUAUAGCGACAAUGGUCUCAACUUUGUCGGAACAAAGAACCGCUUAGAUAAAGAUGUGAAGGAGAUGGAGGCUGCUCUCGGUGAGUACUGCGCCAAGUACGAGGGCAUACUCUGGCGUUUCAUACCUGCAUACUCACCGUGGAUGGGUGGAGCAUGGGAGCGCCUUAUUAAAUCUAUCAAAUCCAGCAUAGAAAUUACCUUAAAGGGAGUGACACCUCGAGAAGAUGUUCUUUUGAACGCGCUAUAUGAGGCACAGGGGCAGAUCAACAGGAGGCCGCUAACUCAUAUACCCGUCGACCCGGAGGACCCUCGACCACUUACUCCGAAUUCCAUACUUUUUGGCGAUGCCGAUCGGGAUUUAACCGCACCUGGAGUGUUUUCUGGCAACGAUCAAUGGAGUAGGCUGUAUAGCCGUCGAGCGGAACACCUAAUGAGAGAGUUAACAAGGCGUUGGUACACAGAGUAUCUUCCUGAGCUGACGAGACGAUCAAAAUGGUACACAAAAACAAAGCCAGUAGAGAUUGGGAGCAUUGUUCUUGUUAUUGAGCCGGGAGAAGUUCGAUCUGCUUGGAGGCUUGGCAGAGUGACAAACGUUUUCCCAGGCCCUGAUGGAGUUGUGCGGGUAGCUGAUGUUCGUCUGGCAAAUGGGAACAUUUUAGUGAAGAGGUCGGUUGGGAGGCUCGCUGUCUUGGAUCUGGAGUCUUCAGAUAUAGCUUCAGACGGGCCCCGGGAUGUCAUCGAGCCAUAAACCCUCCACUAUUUUAAAAUCACUGUUUAAAUCAUUCUGGCAAUACCACGCCACAAAGAAUAAGAACAAAGUAAAAUGUCAAAAAGUUCUAGAAUUUUUCCGCCGGGUUAACCUAACCUACAAAAAUGCAAUUGUAAUUUGAUAAAAAAGUCUUUGAGAUUGGCCGCAGAAAAGAUUUAACAAAAGGCUAAAGUUUUCUUACCUUUGUAAGUUCUCAU